AUGGGAACCCGGGCGUUUUCCCAUGACAGUAUUUUUAUCCCUGAUGGGGGAGCAGAAAGUGAGCAGACAGUUCACGCAAUGUCACAGGACAACAUCCUGGGCAAAGUCAAAACUCUUCAGCAACAGUUGGGCAAGAAUAUCAAGUUUGGGCACCGGCCACUCAAUGCCAUUCCCAUGAAGAAGGCAGACAGUGGAGAGGCCAACUUGGAAGAGGAUCUGUUCCUGACCAGUCCCUGGGAAAUUGUGACUCAGCAGGACAUCGUCCUCUCAGAUACUGAGAACAAAUCCAGUGACACCACGCCAAGUUCUCUCAAUCCACUGAAUCCACCUGGAGCUGGAAGUGCAAUGGAAGAGAAGGUUGCUCCAGUUAAACCAUCUCGGCCAAAAAGGCACUUCUCUUCUGCUGGCACCAUCGAAAGUGUCAACCUAGAUGCUAUCCCCCUGGCCAUUGCCCGCCUGGACAACAGUGCUGCCAAGCACAAACUGUCAGUCAAGCCAAAAAACCAGAGGGUGUCAAAGAAGCACAGGUGGCUUGCCCAGGAUCGACAACAUGAGCAAGGCAGCCUUGAGAGUCAGCCCUCUGUGGACCAGAAUGGACACCCAGGAGAGGACAAGCAAGUAUGGCUGGAAAAGGAACCUGAGCCACUGGGUUCUGAGGAAGAGAAAAGACACCAAGAAGAAUAUUGGCGAGAACUAGAGGCCAAGUGCAAACAGCAAAAGGCGGAAGCGGCCGAGAAGAGACGCCUAGAGGAGCAGAGGCUGCAGGCGCUGGAGAGGAGGCUCUGGGAAGAGAACAGAAGGCAGGAGCUCCUGGAGGAAGGCGAGGAAGAGGAGAGUGAGCAGAUGGAGCUGCAGCUAGAGGCAGAGAAGUUGCAGCGAGAAGAGCAACAGCGGGGCCUGGAAGAGCAAGGGUGGCAGGACCAAGAACGGAGGGAGUGGGAGGAAAGAAAGCACCUGGAGGCCAAAGAGCAGCGAGAGAACCUGGAGGCACAGAGGCGGCUACUGGAGGAAGAGGAGGCCAGGAGGCUGGAGGAGGCCAGGAGGCUGGAGGAGGAGGCCAGGAGGCUGGAGGAGGCCAUGAGGCUGGAGGAAGAGGCCAUGAGGCUGGAGGAAGAGGAGGCCAGGAAGCAGGAGGAGGAAGCCAGGAGGCUGGAGAAGGAGGAAGGAAAGUGGGUGGAGGAGCUCAGAAGGCAGGAGGAAAUGGAGGUGCAGAGGCGGCAGGGGACGGAGGAGCUUGGGGAAGCACCACAGAGACCAGAAGAAGAGAAACAGCUGGAGCUAGAGGAUAAAAGGGGCCUGCAGAGUCCACUUCAGAAUGACUUUGAAGAGAAGCCAGAAGAACAAGAAAGCCUGAAACCCAAAAGACAAAGGAAACACUCCGAGGAACCAAGUACCUGUGAGGAGUGGAGCCAGGAGGCUGAGCCCGCAGGAGAGCAGCAAGGGAAAGGUGUGGGUCUUCACGGGGGUGAUGGUGGUGUCCUAGAGGAAAAGAGAGGAGACAGAGGCACUAAACUAGAAGCUCCCCUGCAACAGGAGAGGCAGAUGGGAGAAACGCUGCCUCCAGUGGAGAAGAAAGAAGCUGCGGUUCCAGAAAAAGACCGAAAGCUGGAGGAACUCAGGUGGCAGGAAGUAGAUGAGAGGCAGACCAUGCCCAGGCCCUACACGUUCCAGGUAUCCUCAGGAGGGAAACAGAUUCUCUUCCCCAAGGUCAAUCUGAGCCCCAUGACACCCAUGAAAGACGCAGGACUUGCCUCUGCCCCCCAGGAGCCAAAGGCCCCCAAAGCCAGCCUGGCCUCGCACGCCCCACCCUCAUCCCUGAGCAUUCCCCACACGGCCAUCCUGGUCACAGGAGCACAGCUCUGUGGCCCAGCCGUCAACCUGAACCAGAUCAAGGACACGGCCUGCAAGUCUCUCCUGGGCUUGUUAGAAGAAAAGAAGCCCGUGGAUGUCCCCGCUGUGGAGAACCCACCCCGAGCCCCUGGGGACUCCCGGGCAGGUGGUGGGAAGGUCAGGCCUCCCCAGGAGCCUCUGAGCAGUGCAGCCGCACUGGCCGAAUGGGCCUCCAUCCGAUCCAGAAUCCUGAAGAACGCAGAGGGUGACCCACGCAGUGAGAGAGACCAGGGGCCCGGUGAUGAGCCCACCCCCAGGGGCCGAUGUGAUUCCCGCGGGAACCUCCGGAAGACCUCUCCAGUAAAUGCGAAGUUCUCUAUCAUGCCCGCCUGGCAGAAGUUCUCUGAUGGUGGCACGGAGACCUCCAAGCAGAAUUUGGAGGCUGAAAGCAUUAGAAAAAGACCCGUGCCGGGACCCAGCGAAGAGACAGCACCCCAGCCCCCACCUGCAGGUACUCACGAGCACCAGAAGGGUCCGGAGAAGCCGGAGGUGCAGCCGGAGCCAGCAGACACCACAGAGGGAUGCAAAUUUGCCAAAGACCUCCCAUCUUUCCUAGUUCCCAGCCUUCCUUACCCUCCGCAGAAAGCAGUGGCCCAUACAGAGUCCACGACCUCUUUGGACAGUGAGACCACAGGUGGUAUAGCAAAGCCAGACGCCACAAUGCCAGGCGGGGAGGAGAAGACCUCACCUUUUGGGAUAAAAUUGAGAAGGACCAACUACUCCUUGCGUUUCCACUGUGACCAACAGACAGAACAGAAGAAGAAGAAGAGGCACAGCAGCACAGGAGACAGUGCUGAGGGGGCGCCGCCCGCAGGGGGGAAGGAGACAGGGGUUGUGGCCCUCAAGCAUGGCCCAUUCCUCCCCCAAGAGAGGAAGCAAGCCCCAUCCACCCGGAGGGACUCUGCUGAAAGCCCUUCCAGCGGCCACUCUCCUCCUGUUGUCCAUCCCGGGUCCCCACCGGCCAGCAGCCAGACCCCAGCUCCAGAGCACGACAAGGCAGCAAACAAAAUGCCAUUGGUGCAGAAGCCAGCACUGGCUCCCAAGCCUGCUGGUCACACCCCACCGUCGUCCCCACUCUCCAAGCUGAGCAGGCCCUACCUGGUAGAGCUGCUGGCUCGUCGAGCGGGGAAGCCCGACCCGGAGCCCAGCGAGCCGUCCAAGGAGGGCCAGGAGAGCAGUGAUCCCCAGCCACACUCGCCACCACCCCUCAAAGAAAGGAAGGGACACAAGAGAGACGAGGAGGAAGAGGUGGCGGAGAGGAAGCCCCCUCCCCCACCUCUGUCUGCCGCUCAGCAAGAGAAACCUUCCCAAACACCUGAGGCCGGGAGGAAAGAGAAGCCGAUGCUUCAGAGCAGGCACUCUUUAGAUGGUUCCAAACUUACGGAGAAAGUCGAAACCACACAGCCACUGUGGAUAACGUUAGCGCUGCAAAAACAAAAGGGAUUUCGGGAGCAGCAAGCGACGCGGGAGGAGAGGAAGCAAGCCAGGGAGGCCAAACAGGCAGAAAAACUCUCCAAAGAAAAUGUCAGUGUCAGCCUGCAACCUGCAAGCACCAGUGUCAGCAGAGCAGGUUCCCUGCACAAAUCCACCACUCCUCCUGACGAGAAGAAGCCGGAGACUGCGGUGUCCAGGCUUGAGCGCAGAGAACAGCUGAAAAAGGCCAAUACUCUUCCUACUUCUGUGACAGUGGAGAUCUCUGAUUCAGCUCCCACAGCACCGCUGGUGAAGGAAGUCACCAAGAGGUUCUCCACCCCAGACGCUGCUCCUGUGUCAACAGAACCAGCCUGGCUGGCUUUGGCCAAAAGGAAAGCAAAGGCCUGGAGCGACUGUCCACAGAUUAUUAAGUAA